UUAUGUCUUCUAUUCUCAUUGUUUUAUUCAUGAACGCUCAUCAUAUCAGUUUAUUUUUGUACACCUCUAUGACCUUUAAUUAUUAUGACAAAAACAUUUGAAUCAUCUUAUUAUAAUCACUAAAUCUAUUGUUAUUGUUAUUAUUCAUAUUACGGAGUCUGAGAUUAUCAGUGUGCGUCAACAUAUACAAUCGAGAUGUACAUGUAAAAUCUAAACUACGGUUUGGAUGUUGGUGAAUAGCCUGCGAUUGGAUAAGACACGCGCCUAUGCCCGUCGAAAUCAAAACAAGUAAUCGGGCAAAUAGCGGUUCUAUAAUUCAUCAUAAAUUUAUAUGUAAAUCGUUACCUAAACAACUAUUACCACCCGGCUAUUCAACCAAUAAUUGUUCAAUCAAUCAAAUCUAAAUAACAAUAAUAAAGUUGGUAAAAGAUGAGGGAAAAUUAUCAGUCACAACAAAUUAACGUUAUUCUAUCCUGACUGGACAGAACACAAACAAAAGGAGGGGCAAAUCAAGUGUCAAGUAAAACAACAAAGCUUAAUUCAUAAAGAAUAACAAUGCCUCAGUCCUCUACGAGUCCGUGAAGCUGCUCGCGUUCAUGUGUGCAUAUACUCAACUUCUACUAAAAGAUAAUUGUUUUAUACUAUCUCUGUAUUCCGUUGCUUUAGUAUAUUUUAUGAAGUAUUACGCGUGCACAACCACCCCUAACCUCGAUGGCCAGAAACCGUUGUAGUGGCAAGAAUACUCAUAACCGUAUCGGUCCAACAAAAAGCGAGAGCAAUAAAACUAAUCUUUCUAUACACACCCGUUUUAAAGUUAUUGGAAAUAUGGAACGACCUCAGAACAAUUUGAAAUUCCGUGACCUUCAGUUUGCUUCAUCAUGAGUGAAAGAUACAGCUUCUCCUUAACUACAUUCAGCCCAUCCGGAAAGCUUGUUCAGAUCGAAUAUGCAUUGAAAGCAGUUGAAGCUGGAGCUCCGUCUGUUGGUAUACGUGCCGCAAAUGGGGUUGUACUUGCUGCAGUAAAAAAGUUCACUUCAAAACUUAUGGACGAGUCAACAGUGACAAAAAUUGAACAAGUGACGGGUGGGAUAGGGAUGGUUUACAGUGGUCUGUCACCAGAUUAUCGUGUAUUGGUUAAACAGGCCAGAAAGUCGUCCCAGGCAUAUCAGCUGGCGUAUGGUGAACCUAUAUCUCCGGAACAAUUGGUUAUCCGAAUAGCUGCUGUUAUGCAAGAAUAUACACAAUCCGGAGGUGUUCGCCCAUUUGGUGUCUCCCUAUUAGUUGCAGGAUGGGAUCGAGAUUUGCAACGACCGUUUCUUUACCAAUGUGAUCCUUCUGGUACGUAUUUCCCUUGGAAGGCUACUGCAUUAGGACAGAAUUCACAAAAUGGCAAGUCCUUUUUGGAAAAACGAUAUAAUGAAAAUUUAGAACUGGAGGAUGCUACACAUGCGGCCAUAUUAACCUUAAAAGAGAGUUUUGAAGGUCAAAUGACUGAAAGUAAUAUUGAAGUUGGUGUAUGCAAUGAAAAUGGUUUUCGAAUUUUAACAUCAGAUGAAGUGAAAGAUUAUUUAGCAGCUAUACCAUAAUAAUUUUUAAAAAACGUUUUGUCAAAUAAAACCAUUUCAAGUUAAUUUUCUACAAAUAAUGAGUUUUUCCUGAUUGUACAUGCUUCUUUAAUUUCGUAUUAAAUUAUUUGUACACAUUGGUGAUAGUAGUAGUAGUAGCGGUGCACUUUAAUCAAUUUCAUUACAUAAAAGAUUGAAGCGAGCUGUGACAAGCUACAGUAAAUGUCAACAUCACAUCUUACUCUUAUCUCCAUGACCUUUAUAGAUAUUGAUGUGUAAUUAUAACGGUAAACUGUAUAGAUGUAAUCCUCUCUCAUAAUUACAUAAAUUUACACUGCUUAGGCUGAUAUGUAUUCACUGAAUCUUACGCUGUAAUAGUGACUGAAUGAAUAUGACAAUCUGCACCCGGACCAUUGCUGCUACCUUGGCGUGGUGGUCGCGUUUGCCUAUCGUAACGAACUAAUCGAGCUAUACUGGCUGGAACAAUUGUCCCUCAAAGUCUCACCAUGCCAGAUAGGUCGGUUGAAGAGCGGUAAGACUAAAAGCAACAAACCCAAGAUCCGAAGGCGAAGUCGUACUGCUGACUGUACAGAGGUGUGACGGCAGUAAGUUGUUUCCUUCAGAUAACCGGCAUAACAGUGGUUCUGCCUCCCCACAAGGAAGGGUGGGGUUAGAAAAGGUCGAUCAUAAGAAUGCACACAUUGUUUUAUCCCACGAAUAUCCAUCACCGGCGGUACGGUCCCAAAACGUAUGGAGCUAACACAGAAAUUACCCAUAAAAAGGUCGUGUGCGACCGACCUCAAGCAGUUGUCCCUUGGGCACUGCGGUCACGCUCUCAGGUCACUAAGACCACCUCUGAUCCAAUUUCCUUUUCAGGUACCUCUAGGGGAAGCCUUUCACGGUGUGGGCAACCGGGAAGUGAUAACCGCCCCCAUACAUCUAACAGCACUCAAGACCACUGUAUUCACAAUCAACCCACUUCAAUACCUAUUAUUCCUGUUACAUCUACUUUCAACACUAAACUUCCUCUUUUGGCUUCCUCCUCAAGUGUCACCAUAGCCAACAAUUCUAAUGCGCGAACACUGUCCCAGGUCUACUGAAACCUCGCUGCAAACUACACAUUGGAGUCUUCAACAUACACACCCUAUGUCAAAUCGACCAGUUGGCCUCCUUAGCUGAGACUCUAGAAUCUCGUACCAUUGAUGUAUGCUGUGUCUCCGAAACGCGUACAGGAUCCUAGUGUAAUCAGUCACUUGACCUCGCCUUGCCAAACGGAGAGCCGACAAGAUACACCCUUCGUGUGUCUGGCGACCCGAUGGCUAGUUCUCGUGGACUGGCAGGUGUAUGCAUAGCACUAAGUACGAGGGCAGAAUAAACACAAUAGAAUAAAUCCCCGUUAACAGUCGCCUAUGUGUUGUUCGGCUAAACAGCUUCAUAGAAACUCGGGAGGAUAAGGACACACGUCGUUUGUGCCUACGCUCCCAUUGACUGCAAGCCGGAUGAAGUGGAAGAUGACUCACAGAAAGCUCUCUGAACUUCUUCAUAAAGCUAAACGCUCGAAUAUAGUACUCGUAACAGGUGACAUUAUUGCUCAAGUAGGUAGCUUAAACUAAACAGAACGACAUUUAAGUGGGUAUUUUAGUAUUCCGGCGCAACGGACAGAUAAUGGUGACCGUCUGCUGUAACUGUGCUCACACAGUCGUUUAUUUCUAACAAGCACUAAUUUUAAUCGUGAGACAGUCUAAGAUAGAGACCUCCUGCGCUAAACCGAUGAUGGACUCGAAUAAACCAUAUUGCAAUCAGUCAUCAUUGGAGAGGUUCGGAAGAAAACUGCCGCUCAUUCUGAAGUACACAUUUAGACUCUGAUCAUGCUCUAACACGAGCACAUAUUUGCUUGCGCCUCACUGGACUCAGAAAAACUGCACUAAGACCCAUUAGAGUUGGACUCAGUGACGAGAAAGCCAGAAGUAGAUUCCAGGAACAACUGAGGUCACACUUAGGUAGUUCUGAAAACGAGGCUGACCCAGAUGUUGCUUGGAAAGAUAUAUGAACAGCAGUGACAUCUAUUAGUGAUUUAAACUAAUGGAUUUCUACCGAAUCUAUUGCAUUGAUGAAGUCUCGCGAAAUCAUCCCAUCAGGCUCUGAAAACAAUGAAGAACGAAAACAUCAGAUCAGGUUAACCAAAAGUCUAAGGAACGACUGAGCAGUGAUGGGCAACGAAAGCAAAAGAGAUGGGAAAGGGAGCGGCUGUAUGUAACACAAGGCAGCUCGUCAGACUAAUAAAAGAAACUGGAAUUAAGAAGUCAAAUGUAAGACGAUCUCGGAAAAAGACGACACUUAUCUGCUCCCAGUUCAGACGUUUAGAACGAUGAGCUGAACACUAAUGAGCAGUUCGACUGGCCUUCAGUUACUCUACAACUACCCACCGUUCCCAAAGUAUGAUGGUCCAAUUUUAGCGAUUAGGUUGACUAAUAUUUUGACUAAAAUCUGGGCGUAAUCCCAUCUAACUGGUCGCAAUCACUGACUGUCCCAAUAUAUAAAGUGGUCAAGAUUAUCCUGUGAUAAACAUGAAGGGAUUGGCUUGACUAAUAUAGCUUCUAAAAUACUGGCCUCAAUAAUUAUCGGACGCAUAACUAAGACUUAUGAACUGCAAACACGAAAAAACCAGGCUUGCUUCAGACCCGGUCGUGGCUGUAUCAAUCGCAUACUCACCAUUCGUCAGGUUUUAGAACAUAGGUAUGCUUAUUGGCGUCCGACAAUGAUAGUUUUUCCUGACAUAAAAGGAGCAUUUGACUCUGUAGAUCGAGGUCCUGUGUCUGUCAUUGAAAGGUGUAUUUCAGAAGUACGUGUACCUUGUGAAGGCUCUUUACUCGAACACUACCAGUCGAGUCGGAGCUUAUGGCGAACUGUCAUCUGAUUUCGCAACCUCAAGUGGUGUGCGACAACUGUCCAUUAUCUCCAUUUUUGUUUAAUUUCAUCAUGGACCUAUUGCUGGAAAUAACUUUCUCGUCAACUGAAUUUCCGGGCAUUGAUCUCCUACCAGGUCUAAUUAUCGACCUACAAUACGCACACGACAUAGUCCUAUUUGGUGAAGACGCUGAUAAAAUGCUGAGUCAUUUGGUAGCACUGAGCAACAAUGC